UUAGAUGGUAGCCUAUAGCACACGGGACAGUUUUGUUGUUGAUAUUUUUCUCAAUGCGGUACCGGUGGUUAGCGACGAGUCUGUCUAGUGCCGCCAAAGAAAGCGGACGAUAAAUCAGAAAAGAUCGAUGGUUAUUUAUCGAAAUGUGUUUAUAACGUGUUAUUAAAUUUACGUGGUUCGCGCGUGUGCGAUAUUAUAUUUUAAUGCGCGAUCGAUAAAUUUCUCUAUUUUUUUCUGAAAUAACGCGGUUUUCUCGAGUAAUUUUUUUCGCCAAUUUUUCGCAUAAAUGUGACUGACCAAUUUCAGUGUUUUUUCCCCGAUUUUUUUUUCACCCCUUGCCUAGUCGUGUCUCAAGGUUAAUGCAUUUUUCGUUUUUUAGUUUUCGUUUCUUUGGCCGAUAUGCUGCGACAAAUUUUAACGUGUUAAAAUGAUAUUUUUUAUUUCAAUAUUUAAAUUCCAUUGUUGAUCAUUUCGUUUGUUUUCCCAAUUAUAAUUUUGUAAAAUGUCACCGGAAGCGAUGUUCAAUCUACAUAAUGGUUUUCUACUUUUGACCUGCGGUCUGUUUUCAUUAAUUGUGCCAUUUGGUUGGGCUCAGCAGCGAAACAACAAGCCAGACGAAUUCAGCUGUCCAGAAGAAUUCGGAUAUUACCCUCAUCCUACAGACUGUACACAAUAUUACGUUUGCGUAUUUGGCGGCGCUUUACUAGAAUCAUGUACCGGUGGACUUAUGUACAGUCAUGACUUGCAAACAUGCGAUUGGCCAAGAAACGUUGGUUGUGGCGCAUCCCCAGCUUCGGCAGCCAAUAGCUUAAACACAGUGAGCACAGCAUCUGGAAGCGGCCCAGAGUUAGGAAGUCGCUACACGACACCUUCGUGGAAACAUGAAAUACCGCAACCGCAACAAGACGAAAUUCCAGACAGACAUCUGUACGAAGAAGAGGAUCUCGGUCCGGUUGAAGAAAUUGAAAGUGAUCGCCAACAACGUGUGUAUCGUGGCCAGCCGCCUACCCUUGGGCAAGUUGCUAGAGACAGAGAUGGAAUUGUCAGACAUGCCAAUGCUUUGCAGACGUCAGCGGGCCCAGAAAAAAUCAAACCGGUCGCCGUAGUGUCUUUCGGCUCGCACCAUCAGUCACUAAGGCCACCACCUUCAGUGCCACCUUAUAUUAUAGAGCAACAUUCUGUACCUUCUGUGCCAACUACACCGAAAUCGGUUUACAAUCUUACUAAAUUUGAGCCUUAUUACAACGUGUACGACGACGAAGCUGAAAUUUAUCGUGAUAUUGAUUAUGGACAAUACAAUCAAAGAAAACAACAAGACAGUUACCAAGUUAUUCAAGAACCUCAUAGACUGCAGCCAAUUCAACCUCAGUCGCAGCCAUCUCAAAUUUUAACCAAUCCUCCAUCCUAUAACAAUCAGGAUUAUAAACUACAGAGCGAUAUCGAUGGCGAUACGCAACAAUCGGAGAAACUGCCAUCUACAAGGUUAUUCUUGGGCCACAACGAGACAUCCACAACAUUAUCCAGACUCGAAAAUAAUAAACCUAUCGAAUAUUUCCCUUUUAUCCGAUCAGCUUUUAGUCCAGUCGUUGAUUUGACCAAUAACAACAAACAGUUAAAAUUAACUGCUUCUUUCCAACUAGGCAACCCAAUAAACGGUGUUCAUCGUAACGCGACUGUAAAUAAUUUCAAACCGAUUGAUCUCCCUUACGAAACGAUUCGAAGUUACGAGUUGAAUUUUCGUAACGACGAUGAUUCCAUUAUAGGCGAAACUUCGCAAUUACCUGCUAAAAUAAAUUCGUUUACUAGAAAAUACCAACCGUUUAAUAUAUCCAGUACGACGAUUAGAAUACCAAAGGCCACAACUGCUAGUCCAAUCAGAAACUUUAAAACGCCAUCGAUACGUGAUAACUUUAGAAUAAUAGUAGAACCUAUAAAUUCGAAAAAACCUUUACCACCGAUCGCAUUUACCGCUAAACCUACUCCUUCGGCGGGUAAUACCAUAUUUACUUAUAAAAUGCCAUCAACUGACAAGUUCUCAGCUACUUAUCGUUCUCUAGCUAAUGUAUUAUCCACCACAUACACGCCAUAUUCGAUAAUACAGUUGCAAACUACUACCACUACAACAACGACUACCUCGAAACCAGUCUUAAGUUCAGUAUCACCGGAUAGUGAGAAACAAACCUCUAAUGCAAAUAGUCGACGAUUUUAUAUCCCUAGAAAUGAUCUAAUCGAACGAAAACUUUCGUUGAGUUCGAUAACGACGACGAAUUCGCCAACGAUACCGAAAACCGAUUCGAUAAAACCGACCACUAAGCAAUUCAACGUGCCGAAUAAUAACGAUUCGCACCGAAUCGCUCAUUCUACCACUCCAUCUACUUUACUUACUCAAAAUAAUAAUAAAGAAGGCGAAGAGAAUGAAAUUCUGUAUUACGACGAUGAAUACUACGACGAAGGUGAAACGCCUGAAAAUGACGAUAAUUAUAUCGAUAACAAAAUAAGUAACGAAGUUUCUACCUCCACCUACAGUAACGAUGUUCCUAAACCGAAACCUAGUACUCCGACGAAGCCUAAACUAACCAAAGUACCUUUUUCUUCGACUUCAUCUAUCAAUGUUCCUAAAUCUCCACUCCGUAUUCCUAAUGAAUCCAGUACAAAUUCCUUAAAAGUCGAGGCCGAAACCAAACGUCCUCAUCGCUACAAAGAGUCGUAUUCGGAACGGUGUCCACAGUGCAAUGAAAAACCGUCUGGAAGAGGACGAAACAGAGGCAGUGUCACGUAUACGACUGGAGGAAACGAAUAUGAAGCUACUCCAGCUGGCGGACGAACGAGACCUACGCUCAAACCAUCAACGUCGAUAGUCAGCAAAGCUUCGGAGUCGAUCGACAUUUACAGAUUUGCUCCCAAAAGACCGGAUACCGUUUACCCGACACCACAAGUCGACAAAGUAGCAGCAAAAUGCAGAAAAGACAUUUGCUUGUUACCAGAUUGCAGUUGCGGUGGAAAAGAUAUCCCCGGAGACUUGCGUGUCGAAGAUACACCUCAACUUGUUCUGUUAACGUUCGAUGACUCGGUCAACGAGUUGAACAGAGGAUUAUACACAGAUUUAUUCGAAAAAGGACGUACUAAUCCAAACGGUUGCCCGAUUUCGGCCACGUUUUACGUAUCUCACGAAUGGACAGAUUACAGUAUGGUUCAAAAUUUGUACGCUGCCGGACACGAAAUCGCUAGCCAUUCAGUAUCGCACAGCUUCGGUGAACAGUUCUCUCAACGUAAAUGGACCAAGGAAAUCGUCGGUCAGAGGGAAAUUCUUUCAGCCUAUGGUGGAGUGAAACAGGAAGAUAUUAGAGGAAUGCGUGCACCUUUCCUUGCCGUUGGAGGAAACAAGAUGUUCAAAAUGUUAUACGAUGCCAAUUUCACGUACGAUUCGUCGAUGCCUAUUUACGAAAAUCGUCCUCCAAGUUGGCCAUAUACUCUGGACUAUAAAAUUUUCCACGAUUGCAUGAUACCACCUUGCCCCACUAGAUCAUAUCCUGGGGUAUGGGAAGUACCAAUGGUAAUGUGGCAAGAUUUAAACGGUGGUCGUUGUUCAAUGGGCGACGCCUGUAGUAACCCUCCAGAUUCGGACGGAGUUUACAAGAUGUUAAUCAAAAACUUCGAAAGACAUUUUACAACGAAUCGAGCACCAUUCGGUUUGUUCUAUCAUUCUUCGUGGUUUACCCAGCCUCAUCAUAAGGAAGGUUUCAUAGCAUUUUUGGAUACUAUUGUAAAUAUGCCGGAAGUUUGGUUAGUUACGAACUGGCAAGCCAUACAGUGGGCUCGUGACCCAACGCCUAUUUCUAGACUAAACAAUUUUACGCCUUUCAACUGUGAUUACCCAGAUAGACCUCGACGUUGCAAUAACGCAAAAGUCUGCAAUUUGUGGCAUAAGUCAGGUGUACGAUAUUUGAAAACGUGCCAACCAUGUCCUGACGUUUACCCUUGGACCGGAAAAACCGGAGUACGAAAUAGUAGAGUAGAUAAUGACGAUACCUUGGUCGAAUAAGAGAAAGAAAAAUUACAAGUGAUUUAUUUAUUAUGUUCCUCGUCAAUGUAUAAUGUGGUUACUUUUUCAUUUUCAAAUACGAUGACUAAGGCGAGUUCCAAAACAAAACAAAAAAAAACUUCUUUUUUUUAAAAAAAAAAUAUCGCUACAUUUUUGUAUUAUAUUAAAUUUAGAAUUUAUCUUGUAAGAUAAACUAGUGGAAUUAUUUUCGAUAGAUGUAUCGAUAUAAGUCAACGAAAUUAUUAUGUUCUCGUUCCUAGUCAUGAUUCCGAAAUUGGAUAUUGAAAAUAGAAAAAUUAAUCACAUUUGCAACAGUGAAUAUGAUGUACGUAGGUUUAUUUAUUAUUUUUUUUCUUUUUUUUUUCUUUUAUUGUAAUGACGUAGGUAAAUGUGUGUUUUAAGUAUUUGUAACGUUUAUUUAAUUGUGAAACAAAUGCUCAUAUGUUGUAAAAAUAAUUUAUGUUUUUUUUUCCUUCAUUGUACAAUAAAUAUAUGUAUUUUUUUUUACAAAGCAA